GUGGAGUCUGUUGUCUGCGUGUCUGCGGCUGGUUCUCUCUGCCACCGCACGAGUCGCAGCAGAGAGGGAAAAACCCUAGCAGCCUCCCUCCGUCCCAACCCCGACCCCAUGGCCGCAUCUAACGGCGGCGGCGGCCCCGGCCCCGGCCCGAUCUCCGCAGAGGCGGAGGCGGCGCUUGGAGAGGCUAUCAGGCUGGUGUUCGGGCGGUGGACGGCGCUGCAGAUGGCGGUGGAGAACCAGUGGGGCGGCCGCGACUCCCGCGCCAAGGCCGACCAGUUGGGCGAGUCCAUCCUAUUCUGGUUCUGCCGCACUAAGGGUCCAUAUUAUUUCGAAGACUUGGUCGAUAUGAUGUAUGACAAAAUUUCUGAAUCUUUUAAUGCCUACUUUGAGGAUAAUAGUAUUGAGGAGGUUGCUGAACAGUUUUUGAUCAUACAUGAAGAAUGCCUGCAAAACAACUAUUCGUCUAUAGAGAAGCUAAGGAAUUCUCCUGUUCCGGGGAAUGCUGUUUCUCAAAGUAGACAGAUAGUGGGCGAUGACGACGAUGACAGUGAUAGCUCAGAUGACGGUGAUGACACAUCGAUGGUGGCUGAUGAAGAGGCUGGGCCAGAAGAGAUGGCAGUGGACAGGCCAAGGCCCCCCAAGCCUACUCCAGACGCCGAUGGGUGGACUGUUGUGCCUCCUAGGCGUGGUGGUCGCAGCAAGAAAUAGAGUACAUGGUAGCUGCUGGCUUUUCUCGCGGAAUGUUUGUUGAGUGCUGCGGUUCCAUAUUCACUUGUAUCGCUCGAUAUUUGACCCGACAUGGAUGUUGUGAGUGUGUAGUAUGUUUGGUUUGCCACCGCCCACCAAUUUGGUGUAAACAAGGUAAUUAUUAUAGAUGCAUCCUGUGAUCAGGUUUUGAGUGUUGCAGAGUCAUC